AUGAUUCAAGGACUGAAGAAACGCACCAGGAAGGCCUUUGGGUUACGAAAGAAAGAGAAGGACACAGACUCCACGGGCUCCCCUGACAAAGAUGGAGUAAGUAGAAGAAAGAAAAAGACCAACGGGGCUCCAAAUGGCUAUUAUGGGGAGAUUGAUUGGGACCGAUAUGCCGCUCCAGACGUGGACGCUGAGGGCUUCAGUCUCAGACCCGGAGAGGAGAGAGGAAAUACCAAAGGCAAGCAGCACUUCUCGUCCAGCGACACUGAGGAUGAGGACGACAACAGGAAGUUCAAGAUCAAGAUCAAGCCGUUGCCCUCCGACACUGCCAAGUGUGCCGUCCCCUCCAUGGAUGAACUGAAAGCUUCCGUUGGAGGUUUGGCGCUAUCUCCCUCUUUGGGCUCGAUAAAGAGACACCUGUCUUGUGAGGAGAUCGCCAGACCCAGACGCUCCACCCCUACACCAAGCCCCGCACCCGAGACACAAAGUGAGAGAGUAUCCCAGAAUCGUAGAGGAUCCCCAGCUUUCUUCGGGCCUCCUCCUGAGACGACCUAUGAGACACACAGAUACGAUAGUAACAGAAAUGAUGGUGAGGAGAUCGCCAGACCCAGACGCUCCACCCCUACACCAAGACCCGCCCCCGAGACACAAAGAAACUUUCCCACAGGAGUUGAUUUACACAAUGGGAGAAUAGUCUCAAGCCCCGCCCCCAUCUACCUGAACGUCCAAUCCCCAGCCUCAUACAGAGGUUCCCCCGUGCCUGACCUGGAAGAUGUGUUCGGCCCCAUGGAAUCCUCCCGGAUCAAUGAGGGCAGGGCCUCGCCCCGAUGGGUCAGCUUCAACAGUGAGAGACCACCCCCACCGGAAGAACCGGCCCCGCCUCCGCCCCCUGCCUAUCCUCCUCCUGACUCGCCCAACUCCUUCUCUUCCACCCCAGACUCCCCCUGCCUCUCCCCGGGCCCUCCUCCGGAUGAGCCUCCCCCCUCCCCGCCGCCCUUUUCCUCUCCCCCCGACUCGCCCAUCUCCAUCAUCUCCAUUCCCCCUCCAAAUGAACCCGUUCCCCCACUGCCUCCCGACUUCUUGCCCCCAGACUCUCCGCCAUGCAUCGCCAUCAAUCCUAGUCUGUUUUUGGAUGAUGAUGAGAUACUGGAGUACUCCCUUGCUCCCUCUGCCCCUGCUGCCCCACUGGAGUACUCCCCUGCACCUACCAGUCCCAUCCCUCCCCCCCUGCCUGCGGAGCGCUCCCUUCGGGCAGGCAUCCCUUCCCCUCUGGUGUUCCUUAGGGAGGAGCAGCCUGACUUUAUGUCCUGGCCCCUGGUGCUGACCCCGGGCUUCAGGGGCAUGCCGUUCCCCCUCCUCCCGCCCACCUACAGGCCCAUGGUGUCUUCCCCCGGACCCUGCCCAGGCAGUGGCCCCUCCUCUCCACCUCGCCCUGCCACGCCCCUGUCAGGAGGUAGUCCAGUACCUCCCCCUCUUCCUACAAGGCCCUCCUCUCGACCCAAACUGCCCCCUGGGAAACCAAUGGGAGACCUGGCUCGACCCUUCAGCCCCCCAGUCUCCGGCAGCCCCCCUCCCUUCGCCCCCUUGGCCCGAGCCGAGAGUUCCUCCUCUAUCACCUUGCUGAGCGCAGCCUCCACCCCCACCCUGGGGAGAGAGCUCAACAUAUCCACUACAGAGGAAAAACAGCCAACCAUGGUAUGGUUUGACCAUGGCCGGUUUUAUUUGUCUUUUGAAGGAUGCUCCAGAGGACCCAGCCCACUGACCAUGGGAGCCCAGGACACUCUGCCCGUGGCGGCUGCCUUCACCGAGACCAUCAACGCCUACUUCAAAGGAGCCGACCCAAGCAAGUGUGUGGUGAAGAUCACUGGGGAGAUGGUGCUGUCUUUUCCAGCAGGCAUCACCAGGCACUUUGCCAGCCACCCGUCUGCCCCCGUGCUCACCUUCAGCAUCAGCAACUACUGCCGGCUAGAGCAGGUCCUCCCCAAUCCACACCUACUGUGCUGUGACACCACCAUGUCCAAUGUGGACACCAAGGAAUUCUGGGUAAAUAUGCCAAACCUGAUGAGCCACCUGAGGAGAGUGGCUGACCAGAAGCCUCAAGCAACCUACUACAAUGUGGACAUGAUCAAAUAUCAGGUGUCAGCUGAGGGGAUCCAGUCUACUCCCCUGAACCUGGCGGUGAGUUGGCGUGGCGACACCACCAGCACGGACCUCAGAAUAGACUACAAAUACAACAUGGAGGCAAUGGCCGCAGCCCCCUCCCCCCUCCACAACAUCCACUUCCUGGUCCCUGUGGACGGGGGCGUGGCCAAACUCCAAGCCAUGAUCCCCACUGCCACCUGGAACCCAGAACAGCAGAAUAUUCUAUGGAAGAUAUCAAGCCUUUCCCAAAGGUCUGAAAAUGGAGGAGUGGGGGCUCUACUGGGUAGGUUCCAGUUGACAGAGGGUCCCAGUAAGCCGUCCCAGUUGGCGGUGCAGUUCACCAGCGAGGGCAGCACUCUGUCAGGCUGUGACAUCCAGCUGGUGGGGACUGGCUACAGGCUCUCGCUGGUCAAAAAGAGAUUUGCAGCAGGGAAAUAUCUGGCGGACAACUAGUCACCACUGUUGUAAAAUGGAACCCUUUUGACUGUGAGGAUGAUGAGAGACUUUUUAUGGAUUCUUCAUUCGAUACAAGUUACCAACUGAGAAACGUCUGAAACCUAAUGCUUGAGCAGGGAGGGGUAACUGAUGACAUAGCAGCAACAACAGGAUGUGAUGUAAUACGCACUGUCCACCAGGGUUCACCAGGGUAUUACUUUAUGUUUUAACACACUCAAAUACAGUAGUCGCACUGUUGGAGUUUAUGCAAGUAGUCACCGCUUUUUUUAGUUUUGUGCACCUUGAGUGUUGUUGAGGUCAGUUGUAAAAUAUUUUGUCUGUAAUGUUUUCGUUAUGUGUCGGACCCCAGAAAGACUAGCUGUCGCCAUUGGCGUCGGAUAUUGGGCAUCCUAAUCAAUAAAACAUUUAGAAAUCAUAAUGAAAGAUUAUGUAUUCAACACAUUUACUCCCGUUUAGCAAAGUCAAUUAUCAUUGGCAGCACAUACAGUAAUCCAGCCUUAUUUGUGAGAAGAAUUCUAUGUGAAUGGGUGAUGGAUGGAAGAUGCACUGGACAGAUUUAUGUGAAUAGAUAGACACUGUUGUCGUUCAUUGAUAAUUCAAUUGAAUGUGACAUAACAAUUGAUUAUGACAUAACAAUUGAUUAUGACAAAAACAAUUGAUUAUGACCAGAACUCCACGUGCAGGGUUAGGAUGACAUUUUGAUGUUUUCUAUUUAUUUAUUGGGUUGAUUCAACUGAUAUGGUACCAGCUGGUAAUGCACCAGCACGUUGAGGCCCACAACUUGGAGUUAACGUACAGACAACGUUAUUAUGUAUGUGGUGGUUGUGUGUUUUGCUGGGAGCAAGAUUGAGCAUCACCCAUUCACAAAAAAAUCAAGAAUGAUUUCAUAUUGUUUUCCUGAUUUGUGGAUGACAAAAACAAAGCAGUUGACCUUACAGGCUGAAUAGCAGAGUUGCCUUGGACCAGGUUCCAUUUCUUUCUGGAUUCUGUUUGUCCCUUGGAGUUGUUGUGUCCAGGAGUCCUACUCAAGAAUUACUGGUUGAAAUGACAUCAUUACAACUGGUUACAAUCUGCAGAUGUGCCCUUGAGCAAGGCACUUAACCCUAAUUGCUCCUGUAAGUCGCUCUGGAUAAGAGCGUCUGCUAAAUGACUAAAAUGUAAAUGCUAGAAUUACAUCAAUUACUGGUUAGAAGUAGGUCUU